UCUAUUCUGAGUCUCCCUGAGGAUCCUGAAGAUACUUUGAAGGUUCCUGAUGACUCAGUCUUCCUGGACAGUGGAGGAGACUCCCUGAAGUCCACGUGGCUCCUCAAUGAGAUUGAAAAACUCACUGGCACGUCCAUACCUGGGCUCCUGGAGCAUAUUCUCAGCAGUUCUAUCUUAGAGGUUUACAACCACAUCAUUCAGACCGUGUUUACACACAAGGACCUGAAAGUCAACAACAGUCAUGCUCUGAAGAGGAAACUCAGUGACAUGGAUCCAGAGGAAGCCAGCGGCAAGCCUGAACAUCUGGAGUCUGCCUUGCCCCUUACCCACAACAGUGAGACGAAUGCUUUGAUUGCUCUGAGCAGAGGGAGUCAGCUUUUGUCUCUGGGUACUUGGAGGCUUUUAACUAAGUUAGGACACUGCCCUUCAGUCUGUCCUCUGGAUUUAAUUCCACAGACUAACACACAAGUACUAAAAGACUUAAGUCCUCCACCUCCUGAUGAAAAGUUGAAAAAACCACCAGUUUCCCAGGAGGUUGAGACGAUGGUGUUGCGAGAGAGGUGGAGGUCAGACACAGGCAAAUGUGUAGAUGCUUCCCCCCUGCUUGUGAUAGCAGCUGCCAAUCAGUCAUCCACAACUGUGUAUAUCGGCUCCCACUCCCACAGAGUGAAGGCAGUUGACCUUUACUCUGGGAAGAUGAGAUGGGAACAGCUUUUGGGAGAUCGAAUUGAAUCCUCCGCAUGCGUGUCUAAGUGUGGAAACUUUAUUGUAGUGGGUAAGUUUCUGAAUCUGAGGUUUGUAGAAUUAAAUUGAACACACACACACACACACACACA